CUUAAACUUAAUCUCUCAAAGAUUUCACAAUGCGUGCAUCUAUCAUCACACUCGGUCUGGCCGCUGCCGCUCAAGGCGCCGUCAUCCAAGCCCGUGACAGCGGAUGUGAUAUAUAUCUUAAGCCCAUACGGGACCAACCAUCUGCGCCUGGAGAAAUCAUUGCUUAUGGUUCCAUAGGUCGAUGGUCUAAAGCUACGGGAGGAGGCUCUGCUACAUCUGCUUGGGUUGAUUACUCUGGCUCAUUGACAGCUCCAUACUCCUUCAGAUACAAGGCCAACACUAUCCCUGGCUACGAGACCAAUGCCAAGAUCGAGGAUGUUUUGAGAAAUGGCUGGAUUGGUACAUAUAUUCUUGGUGUUGAUAAGCCUAACCAAAAUGAUUUCCUUAUCACGGGUUACGGCUGCAAGUAAGGGCGAAACGCGAGGCAAGUGUUUCAUGAGAAUACGAUAAGUCCCAGGAUCACGAUUGCGACAUUACAAUUGAAAAAAUGAGAUAAUGUAGAACUACAAUGCACACACCAGUCAC